AUGCCAAUAGAGAACGCACCCGAACACUGCCCUGGGCCAGAAACAGAAGAGGCAGGAAAGGCAGCCGUGUGCGCAGGCUGUCCGAAUCAAUCUAUAUGCGCUACUGCACCAAAGGGCCCUGAUCCAGCGCCUUUAAUCUACGGCCAUCCCGCUGAUAAACGAGCGAAUCAUUCGCUUUUGCUGAGGAUGAAUACCCAGGUCGGUGUAAUGGAUGAUAUAGACGUUUGUGGGCCAUCAAUACCGAAAAUAAUGGGCCUCGAGGGCGAACAGAUUCAUCAGUCGCUGUCUGGAUGGUCUCCUGUGUAUGUUUCGGAUAAUCUGGGUGUCAUGUCAAUUGGGUUCAUGUUGCCUGAUUCCGACGAUGCUGUUAUUUGGCGUGGGCCCAAGAAAAAUGGCUUAAUAAAGCAGUUUGUCAAAGACGUCGAUUGGGGGGACCUUGAUCACCUCUUGAUCGACACGCCACCAGGUACUUCCGAUGAACAUCUCUCUAUUAUACAAUAUCUGAAAGAAACUGGCAUUUCUGGUGCUGUAAUUGUCACAACACCUCAAGAAGUCGCAUUGCAAGAUGUGAGAAAGGAGAUCGAUUUUUGUCGUAAAGUAAAAGUACCGAUAAUCGGGGUAGUUGAAAACAUGGCUGGAUUCGUGUGUCCAAAGUGUGGGGGCAAAUCAGUGAUAUUCGCUGCCACUACGGGAGGUGCUCGGAAAAUGGCGGAAGAUCUAGGAAUACCGUUCCUUGGAUCCAUACCUUUAGAUCCUCGAAUUGGUAAAUCAUGUGAUAUGGGCAUUUCAUUCCUCGAUGAGUAUCCAGAGUCUAAAGCGUAUUUGUCUAUUAUCAAAGGGAUCAAAAUGCAGCUUAAUUUGAAAGAUGAGCAAUAA